UUAUCAGACCUUACAAAUUGGGCGGCCGGCUCGACAGAGUUACAGAGUAUACAUAACAUAUCAGAGCGGAGGAAGGUUGAGCUGGACCGGUUCACAGCACGCUCUGUCCAGCUGAGAUCUCUCUAUACGGGCGUAGUCCGAGGACUGUCGACCGUUCACUUGCCAUUGGGGGUUACCGACCGAACGUUGAGGUUGUCGACAAACAUCCAGCCACCGCUCCCUCCUUGUACAGAACGAAAAGGAUAGCAACCACAAGCGACGCAGCCAUGACGCAACGACCCCAAGCCGCCGGCGCGGGAGGCGCCAACGCGCCGCCGCCGCUGCUGGACCUGACCAUCGACAACAUCACGCCCAACACGAUCCGGAUCAACUCGCAGAGCGCCGACGCGCGCCUGACGUACGUGAUGGCGCGGCUCGUGACGCACCUGCACGACUUUGCGCGCGAGACGCGCCUGAGCACCGACGAGUGGAUGGCGGCCAUCGAGUUCCUGAUCAAGUGCGGCAAGAUCUGCAGCGACGUGCGGAAUGUAGGUGUCUCCUCUUUCCUCUAUUUUUCUUCUCUCUUCCCCCCCCUCUCUCUUUGCGUUGGGUAUUCGCUCCCGCUGUGCUGACGAUGUCUUGUGUGACGCCUUGCAGGAAUUCAUCCUCCUCUCCGACGUGCUGGGCCUCUCCCUGCUCGUGGACAACAUCAACCACCCCAAGCCUCCCGGGGGUACCGAGGGCUCCGUGCUGGGGCCCUUCCACACCCACGACGCGCCGCUGCUGCCCAACGGCGCGAGCAUGACGUCGGACCCGGAGGGCGAGCCCAUGCUGGCCAUCUGCACGGUCAAGGACACGCAGGGCAACCCGAUCGCGGGCGUGACCAUCGACAUCUGGGAGACGGACAGCUCGGGCCACUACGACGUGCAGCACGCCGACCGCACCGCGCCUAGCGAGCGCUGCGUCAUGGUCAGCGACGAGCAGGGCCGCUUCUGGUUCAAGGGCAUCAAGCCCGUCAGCUACCCCAUCCCGCACGACGGCCCCGUCGGCAAGCUGCUGCAGCUGCUCAACCGGCAUUGCUGGCGCCCCGCGCACGUGCACUUCAUGUUCGGGAAGGAGGGGUGGGACCGGCUGAUCACGUAGGUUGACCCGCGGAGCACUGACGGCUACGGUUUGGGAUUCGCAGCUGACGUGAGACCGCUAGCGCAUUGUAUC